AUGGAUGUUGAUGAUGAAACCAGAUUGAGGAAUGUGUUUUGGGCAGAUGCCUAUAGUAGAGCUGCAUAUGAAUCAUUUGGUGAUGUAAUAACUUUCGACACGACGUACUUGACCAAUGCAUACAAAAUGCCAUUUGCUCCUUUUGUGGGAGUUAAUAAUCAUGGUCAAUCAAUUUUAUUUGGAUGUGGCCUGAUUUCUGGAGAGGAUACGGACACAUUCAUUUGGUUAUUUGAAUCAUGGCUUAAAUGCAUGAAUGGCCACGCACCACAAGCCAUAAUAACAGACCAAGAUAAAGCUAUGCAAAAUGCAAUUGCAAAGGUGUUUUCGAAAUCUCGAAAUCGAUUUUGCUUGUGGCAUAUAAUGAAAAAAGUUUCCGAGAAAUUUGGAGCGUACAGUCAAUACGAUGAUAUUAAAAGUCAGCGGCACAGGUGUGUUUAUGACAUGUUGAGUCGUGAUGAAUUCGACAAGUGUUGGCAGCAACUUCUUGACAGUUUUGAUCUGCAUGAUCAUUCAUGGCUUGAGUGGUUAUAUUCUGAGCGUCAUCUAUGGGUGCCAGCGUACAUCAAGAAUGACUUUUGGGUAGGAAUGUCAUCUACUCAGAGAAGCGAGGGUAUGAAUGCGUUCUUUGAUGAUUACAUAAAUUCAAAGACAACUUUAAAACAUGUCAUCCGUGUGUUGACACUCCAUGAUAAGGAAGAGGUGCCUGCAAAAUAUGUACUUGAUAGGUGGAGGAAGGACCUGAAACGAGAUUACACACUUGUCCAAAGUAGUCGUGAUGAUUUGAGUUAUAGCCCAAAUGCACACCGAAUGAAUAAAUUGAACAAGGCUUGUUACGAUAUUUCUUCAAUUGCAGGCACCUCAGAUGAAGGUUGUGCGAAGGUAACAAAUGGGUCUGAAAAAUUAAAAAGUCAUGUUGCUGCUCGCAGUAAAGGUAGGCCAGUUUCUAAGAGGAAACAAUCAUCAGCUGAGAAGGCAGUUAAUUGGUUGAAAGCAAGAAAGACUCAAAGGCUAAGUCAGAAGAAUAGGUCACGCCUAGAUAGAACCGUUGUCGCAGAUGUUGGCUCGCUUAGCUUGCUUGACCAUGAUUUUCCUAGAGCCUGUACUGCUCAAUCAACUAUGGUACAACCGUCUUUCCAACUCUUGGAUGAUAUUAACUCUUAUGCUACUCCUACACCGAUAUCCAUCCAUUCAUUAGCACUAUUUUGCAAGGAAGCUGUUACAUUGAAGUAG